AUGUCUACCGAAGCUCAAGCAAUGCCCGAUCCAUCCCUAAUUUUCGGUAUGAACCUAAUCAAAACACUCAACAACGGCGCACUAUGUCUAAUGAUAUCCAUUGGCCAUCGCACUGGACUCUUUGAUACGCUUGCAACAUUCUAUCCAGAAUACGUCUCUUCGCAAACACUUGCCGAAAAAGCCAAUCUCAACGAACGCUACGUCAGGGAAUGGUUAGGAGGCAUGGUAGUUGGAGAAAUCAUCGAAUACGACAGUGAAUUAAAGAGUUAUAGACUCCCUCAAGAACAUGCCUUAUUAUUGACCAGAGCCGCUGUAGGCAAGAACAUGGCUAUCUUGUCCGAAUGGGUUUCAAGCCUUGCAUGCUUUGAAGACGGUGUUUUGGAAUGCUUUAGAAAUGGUGGUGGAUUGCAUAAUGAAACUUUCUAUCGAAUCCAUGAAAUAAUCGCCGAGAGAACCGAGUUGAUUGCUCCUGAAUUGCAUUCCACCAUUCUUCCUUGUAUUCCCGGAUUACUUGAUUCGCUUGAGAAAGGAUGUAAAGCACUUGAUAUUGGCUGUGGACGGGGCUUUGUUAUUCUUGAUUUUGCAAAACGGUUUCCGAAUAGCACGUUCUACGGAUAUGAUAUUUUACCUAAAUUGGUAGCCGAUGCCAAUGCCGAUGUAGCGUCUUCUGGUCUUACGAAUGUUUCUUUUCGCGUGCAAGAUGUUUCAAAGAUUGAGGAAGUCAAUGAAUACGACGUUAUUAUUUGUAUGGAAAGUAUUCAUGUUCUAGUCGACCCGAUAAAUGCAUUGAAAUGUGUUCAUCGUGCUUUAAAGGAGAAUGGCGUGUUUGCACUGUUGCAAGUCAAUGCAUCGAGUGAGCUUGAGAACAAUAAGACUCUUGCCUUUGGUCCUGCAUUGUAUUCUAUAAGCGCUAUACAUACUCUGAGCGUCUCUUUGGCAGAAGGUGGAAUGGGUCUGGGAGCUUGUUGGGGAAACGAAAGUACUUUGAAGACAUUAAAGGAUGUGGGUUUCAAUAAGACCGACGUUAUUCAGUUACCGAAUGAAUUACUUCCUCGUUGGUUUGUCAGUAGAAAGCAAAAUUAA